AUGCAGCUGCCGCCAGCCAUUCGCGCCCGCCUGGCCGAGGGCCCCGGGGCGGCCGAGCCGCUGCCCGUGGAGCGGGACCCCGCGGCGGGGAAGGCGCCCUUUCGAUUCGCGGCGCGCCGGGUCCGCUUCCCGCGGGAGCACGAGUUCUUCGAGGAUGGGGACGUGCAGCGCCACCUUUACCUACAGGAUGUGCUCACACAGGUGGCUGAGGCGCCUGAGAGGCCCAGGGUGUCCGAGUUCCCGUGCCAGGUGGCUGGCUGCCAGCAGGUCUUCCAUGUCCUGGAGGCCUACGAGCACCAUUACCACACCCAGCAUGCCAACGUCUGCUCCGUCUGCAAGCGAGCUUUCCCCUCCAGCCACCUGCUGGACAGUCACCUGCUUGAGUGGCAUGACACGCUCUUCCUGACCCUGGCUGAGCGGCAGGACAUGUACCAGUGCUUGGUGGGAGGCUGCAAGGAGAAGUUCCGGACCAGCCGAGACAGGAAGGACCACAUGGUGGCGUGUCACCUGUAUCCUGUGGAUUUCCGGUUCGAUAAGCCCAAGAAGAGUAAAGGCCCCAGCACACCAGAGGUCUUGGCACCCAUGUCGGCCGAAGCCCUGGGGGAGCACAGCCAGCAGCUGGAAGGGGAUGCCAUGGAGGUCUGCUCCACUGGACACGUGACGCCACCCCCAGCGCCAGAGGAGGAAAGCUGCACCCCGCCAGGGCUGCCUGGGCGGCGGGCCUACAGCCACAGAGUGCCAGCCACCAUCUGCUUCGGGCAAGGUGCAUCCAGGGGCUUUAGAAGCAUCAAGAAGAGAGGCAAGCACCACUGAGGGCCCCAACGGGGCAGGACCUGAGACUCCAGACCAGGUGCCAGCAGGGACAGCGCCUCCCAGGGCUGCCCUCAGCGUCUCUGCCCCUUGACAAUUGAGCUUUCAGUGUGCAGUGAGGCUGACCACUGCCCGGGAAGAAGGUGGACACCAGCCCUCGGCAGCGGGUACUGCGAGGAUUGUGAGUUUGGUCAUGCAGAAGAAAUCCUUUCCGUGACGA